GGCCAACAGCAAAGCAUCUGCAAAAUAUAAAAAGGAGGUCCUUUAAGCAGACAUGUCUAAUCACCUCCCCUACCUUAGCCUGUGGAAGGUGUGAGCCUGAACAACACUGAACCCAGAGAAUGAAAGCAACUCAGCUUCAGUUCCUGUUCUGCAUUAUGUUGAAAGUUGGUGAUAGGCCUUGUCCAUCCCAGUAAGUUUCGGUGGUGACGGUGGGGUGAGCAGAACGUGGUUGCGACAAAGGGAAGCUGGAGAGAUUUUUAGCUCUUCUUUUAGGGAGGUCUUCACAGAGCACUUUCUUUCUUUGUGCAUUCCUGUAACACCAGAUAGACCGAUAUUUCAGUGUAAGUAUAAAGAAUAUAUGUUCCAGAGCUAAAGACAAAUAGUUUUCAUAUUCUCUGUUGUUGUGCAUCAUUAGUGGCCCUGCUUCUUUCAAUGAACAUGGAUAAUUGGAACUUUGCUAUAGUUGGUUUUGCACAGUGUUUUUCUUAAUGCUUUGAAUUUGACUGUAUUGUUUUGUUCAUUCAUUCACUCACCUGCUCUUCCAUUCAUCCAGAAAGUAUUUGUGGAACACCUAUUCUGUGGUAUGUUCUGCAGGAACUUAUAAUCCAGUAGGUGUCUGACCUGAACAAAAAUGAUACAUUUCCAGACAGUAAAGACAUAGCACUUGAGUGCUAUGGCUUCGAUGCUAGAUGGCAAGUGCUUUAUGAUUUAAGGAAAAUGAACAUAUUUCUAAUUGAAUGACUUUAGAGACAGUUCCUGGAGAAGACCACCUCUGGGUGGGGCCUUGAUGGAAGGGUAGGCUUCCAUCAAGGUAGAGGUGAAGUAGUGUAUUCUAGGUGGAGGGAUGGCUGGGAUGAAGGAUUUUGUGGAGAAUUCAUGAAAUAUGAGGUUGGAAAUAAAAAUAAGAAUUAUCAUUUAUUAAUCCUUUUUUAUUAGAUAAAUUUAUGGGCACUUUAUAAUAGAAUAUUACGUUUAAUCUUGUGAAUAUUAUUAUAAAGCAAGUAUUAUAAUCCAGCUAGAAAGAAGAGAAACCAGAGGUUCAGUGAUGAGGCCAGGUCAAGAUUUAAACCCAGUCCCAGAUCCUGAUACCUUUCUGUCCCACAUUGAGGAGCUCUUAGACUCUGGGAGGCUCAAUCACCAAGCUAAUGAGUUUACUACUCAUUUUGGCACCCUGAUAUCUUCAUGUGUGACUGUUCCCAUUUCCAGGUGAGGACCUGAGGUUCAGAAAGAAGCCAUGGUCCCAUAAAACACUGGGGAUCCUGAGUUCAGCUAGAGCAUGGGUUGCCUCUUGUCAGCAAAUGACAUCAGAGUCCCUAACCAACUCAACCUUCUCUAUUUUCCAGGUCAAGUCCCUGCUCCUGGUGGUGUUGGGGCUCACCUUCCUGAGGGAGGGGGCAGCUCGAAAAAACCCAAAAGCAGGGGGUGCUGCCCUGUGCCCUCCUCUGGAGGAUAACAGUGUGAGGGUUGACAUCCACAUCCUCAGGCAAAACCAGGGUAUUUCCAUCUCAAAUGAUUUUCAGAACCGCUCCAGCUCCCCUUGGGAUUACAACAUCACCCGGGACCCCCACCGGUUCCCCUCGGAGAUUGCAGAGGCCCAGUGCAGGUAUUCGGGCUGCAUCAAUGCCGAGGGGCAGGAAGACAGCUCCAUGAAUUCUGUUCCCAUCCAGCAGGAGUUCCUGGUCCUGCGGAGGGAGCCCCGGGGCUGCACUCGCUCCUUCCGGCUGGAGAAAGUGCUGGUGACGGUGGGCUGCACCUGUGUCACCCCCAUCGUGCGCUAUGUGCACGCCUGAACGUCCGCUUGGCUGAAGAAGCCCUGAAAUACCACUGCCAGAGCUCUGCAGCUAGUCCUCUGUGGUCCCAAUUCUCUCCACUUCAUCGGCCUCUUGAUAAGACUGGGCGGAAUUCUCAGAGCUCUGUACUAGAUAGAGUGUCAACUUUCUGGGGGCGCUUCCAGAUCAUAACCUAGUCCUGAGCUGUUCCACUGCCCCAAACCCUUGAAAAUGGACGGAGGAGAAGGAAGGCGCACAUAGCCCUGCCGUCGCUGUGAUUUGGUGCCAUUCCCGGGGAAUUCUGUUGCAAAUUCUGUUCCGUGUGGAUGAAGAUGCAGAAAAUGUAACCACAGUAUGAGUGUG